AAUAAUGACGGGCGGCAUGUUACGGUUUAUGAAUUUUACUGUGAAAAGAUUUGGGAAAAAGGUGGUUUUGUUGAACUAAAUUGUGGCUUCUGUGAAGUGUGCGUGUGUGUAUAUGAAUGUUUUCGAGGGAGAACGGAUAAUUUUAUUGCCUGUUUUCAAUGUCAUGAUUCUCGUAUACUUGGGCUGCUUGCUCCUAAUUCUGUAUUACUUAUACACCAAAAACUACAGCUACUGGGAAUCCAAGGGCGUCCCAUUCGAAAAACCCUUCUUCCUUUUCGGCAACUUUGCCAAAAUAAUCGCCGGCAAACAGCACAUUUCGUUCAGGAUCCGCGAAAUCUACAACAAAUUCAACACCCCGUAUGUCGGAAUCUACAUCUUCAACCAGCCAAACCUGAUCGUCAGAAGCCCAGAAAUCCUAAAGCGAAUUCUGGUGAAAGACUUCGACAAGUUCGUCAACAGAAAAAUAGCUUUGAACGAAGAUGUUGAUCCCAUUUCGGCUCACACUCUCUUCAGUUCUCAAGACCAGACAUGGAAGAACCUUCGGGUGAAAAUUUCCCCGGUUUUCACUUCCGGGAAAAUGAAGCUGAUGCUACCUUUAAUGAAGGAGUGUGCUUCGAAUUUGGUCAACUACGUGGAGAAACACAGUGGCGAGGUAAUUGAAAUUCGGGAGACGACGAAGAAGUAUGCCGUCGAUAUUAUCUCGUCGUGCGCUUUUGGCAUCAAUUCCGACUGUUUCAAAGAGGAGAAUUCUGAAAUUUUGACAGUAGCUACGAGGUUGUUGGAUUUCAAUUCGUUCGUCCGAAGUUUCUCCAUUUUUAGUUUCUUCUUUGCACCCAAGUUCGUCGACAUUUUUAGACUGACGUUUGCUGACAAAUUCGCCUCGAAUUAUUUAAUCAACGUCUUCAAUACCACUAUGAAGGAACGAAAGAAGCAAAAAAUAGUGCGUCACGACUUGAUAGAUUUGCUUAACAAUUUGAAGCAGAACGAGACCUUCAACGACAACUACAAAUUCGACGACAUCAAAAUGGCCUCUCAAGCAGUGUCAUUUUUUUCAGCCGGAAAUGACACUACAUCUAUGACAAUAUCGUUCACAUUGUACGAAUUAGCUAUUAAUCCAGAAAUUCAAAAUCGUCUUCGACAAGAAGUCAGAGAAACUUUCGAAAAACAUGGAGACUUUACUUAUGAAGCUGUCAAUGAAAUGAAAUAUCUGGACAUGGUUUUUAAUGAAACUUUGCGAAAAUAUCCUUUAACCACAUUUUUGAACCGAAAGUCUGCCACCAAAUACACUUUUGAAGAAACCGGGUUCACUCUGGAUGAAGACGUUGCUAUAACAGUGCCAGUGGGUGCGUUACACUACGAUCCAAAAUAUUUUCCAGACCCGGAAAAGUUUGACCCUGAGAGGUUCAGCGAUGAAAAUAAACACAAAAUAGUACCUUAUACGUUUCUACCUUUUGGGGACGGUCCCCGGAAUUGCAUUGGUCAACGAUUUGGGGUUCUCGUAAGCAAGGUAGCUUUAGCAUAUUGCUUGAAAGAUUUUGCUUUCGAAAAAGCGGCAGCCACGUCUGUACCUUUACAAUUUGAACCACGGUCGCUAUUUAUGGUAAACAAGAAGGGACUGUACUUGAGGGCUGUCAAACUCUGAACUGUAGUCGUUGUUUGUACUUAAGCAUAUUUCUUGUCGCUUUAGAAAGUCUAGAAUUAAAUAAAGGUUUUAUGUCGAUCGUU